AUGAGGCACCCUGGGCACACUGAUUUUAGGACAUUGACCUUCAUGUCUCUACCCAUCUCAUAUUCAUCUGACGAGGACGUCGCAUCACUGAAUGAUGCAUUUGGUCUAUCAUCUCUACCCGCCGCAAAGAAACCACGUACCAAGGAGAACAGCAAACCAUCCAACAAUGAUACAGAUACCGCGCCGCACGUAUUGGCAGAGGAUCCCCUCAACAUGACUUCCCUGGUAACCCGUCCGAGUGAUACGCAAAUGAAUGUCAACAUCCCAUACCAAGACAUGAUACUUCCAGUGCAAGGUCCACAGAAUCCGUUCGGAGACAGAAAUCGUUUCCAAAACCAAAACGCGCUCGCUGGACAUGUGGAAGAACAGUCAAUGUCGGAGCAUGCAUUCCGUGCCCAACAUCUUACACAUUCAAUUCUCGGCUACUCCGCCAACCCUUCCGUCGAUCCAAACGCACCAGCCAUACUAGGCUCAGUUGAGAGUGCCCAGGCUAAUAAAUUCGCGACAAUAGACACCCUUCGCGCCACAAGGAGUGAAAAGCGUGAACUGAAACGGAAGCGGAAGAACAGAGGGGACCUUAGUGUAGUCGAUGGAGAAGGAGCGUAUGCUGGACCGUGGGCUUCAUGGGAGGGCGAAGAACCCCAUGCGCAUUUCUUGUCCGGUCUGGAAGGCACGGGCGAUGGAGACGAAGAGGAAGAAGAAGACGAACCGGAGCCUACAGCUAUCCCCCGGAAGGCAAAGCCAAAACGCGGUGCCGAGGGCCAGGAAACGUCAGUCUUCCAUGGCAAAUCUCUAACAGAUUAUCAAGGCCGGACGUACAUAUCACCUCCAGUUGCAGAAGCUCCAAAUCUUCUGCAAGAAGUAGGUUCUCAGGAUUGCUUCAUUCCGAAAGUCUGCAUACAUACAUGGACUGGGCAUACACAAGGUGUAUCCGUUGUACGCACUUUCCCGGAAACGGGGCACCUCCUGCUCAGUGGGUCCAUGGAUACUAAGAUCAAGCUCUGGGACAUAUACACUCAUGGCAAUUGCUUGAGGACUUUCCAUGGACACGUCAAAGCAGUGAAGGAUGUGACAUUUUCCAACGAUGGUCAUCGGUUCCUUUCAUGUGGUUACGAUCGCCAGAUGAAGUUAUGGGACACCGAAACGGGCCAAUGUAUAAAACGGUUCAGCAACGGCAAAAUUCCUUACGUUGUCCGGUUCAAUCCUGAUCAGGACAAGCAACAUAUUUUCCUGGCUGGAAUGUCAGACAAAAAAAUUAUUCAGUACGACAUCAACUCGGGAGAAAUCACGCAAGAAUAUGAUCAACACCUGGGGCCAGUGAACACAAUCACUUUCGUUGACGAAAAUCGGCGAUUUGUUUCAACUUCAGACGACAAGACCAUUCGGGCUUGGGAUUUCGACAUACCAGUGGUGAUCAAAUACAUCGCAGAACCCCACAUGCACUCUAUGCCUGCUGUCACUUUACACCCUUCCAAAAAAUAUUUCGCCGCUCAAUCGCUUGAUAAUCAGAUCUUGGUGUACAGCACGGACAACUUCCGGCAAAACCGAAAAAAGCGUUUUGCUGGUCAUUCAGUUGCAGGUUAUGCUUGUCAGGUCGGAUUUUCUCCAGACGGCAAAUGGAUUAGCAGUGGUGACGGCGAAGGAAAUGUUGUCUUCUGGGAUUGGAAGACAGGCCAUAUCAAGUCGCGCCUAAAAGCGCACUCGAAGGUCGUUAUUGCUCAUGAAUGGUUGCCUCAUGAGACAUCGAAGGUCAUCACCGCGUCUUGGGAUGGUCUUAUUAAGCUUUGGGAUUGA